UCAGAGGUCAGCAGGAAGUCGAUACGUGGCCGCCGCCUGUCCCCGCGGUGGAGGCGCAGUAGCCGGAGAUGGCGGCGGUGCUGAACGCCGAGCGACUCGAGGUCUCGGUCGACGGCCUCACGCUGAGCCCAGACCCGGAGGAGCGGCCCGGCGCGGAGGGCGCCCCGCUGCUACCGCCGCCGCUGCCGCCGCCCUCUCCCUCCGGGGCGGGCCGGGGACCGGGCGCCGUCGAGGUAGCCUUGACGCCGUGUCCCUGCUCCUGUGUCAUUCACUCCAUGUCACCUCAUGCCUCAGAAAAAGAUGGCAAAGCCUUUCAUCCAACUUAUGAAGAAAAACUGAAGCUGGUGGCACUGCAUAAGCAGGUUCUUAUGGGCCCAUAUAAUCCAGACACUUGUCCUGAGGUUGGAUUCUUUGAUGUGUUGGGGAAUGACAGGAGGAGAGAAUGGGCGGCCCUGGGAAACACAUCCAAAGAGGAUGCCAUGGUGGAGUUUGUCAAGCUCCUGAACAGGUGCUGCCGGCUCUUUGCCACGUACGUCGCAUCCCACAAAAUAGAGAAGGAGGAGCAAGAAAAGAAAAGGAAGGAGGAGGAGGAGCGAAGGCGGCGUGAGGAGGAAGAGCGAGAGCGAGUGCAGAGGGAGGAGGAGAAGCGCAGGAGAGAGGAAGAGGAGAGGCUGCGGCGGGAGGAGGAGGAGCGGCGGCGGCUGGAGGAGGAGCGGCUGCGGCUGGAGCAGCAGAAGCAGCAGAUCAUGGCGGCUUUGAACUCGCAGACGGCCGUGCAGUUCCAGCAGUACGCGGCACAGCAGUACCCGGGCAGCUCGGAGCAGCAGCAGCUCCUGGUCCGCCAGCUGCAGGAGCAGCACUACCAGCAGUACAUGCAGCAGCUGUACCAGGUGCAGCUGGCCCAGCAGCAGGCGGCACUCCAGAAGCAGCAGGAAGUAGCAGUGGGGGGAGCUGCUCUGCCUACACCAUCAAAGGUGAACACGGCUGUGCUGAGUGAUAGGACAUCGGUUAACGGACAGGCCAAAACCCACACGGACAGCUCCGAGAAAGACCUCAAACCCGAAGCUGCAGAAGAAGCCGUGGAGAAUGGACCAAAAGAAUCUCUUCCAGUGAUAGCAGCUCCAUCCAUGUGGACACGACCUCAAAUCAAAGACUUUAAAGAGAAGAUUCGGCAGGACGCGGACUCCGUGAUUACAGUGGGCCGAGGAGAAGUGGUCACCGUUCGAGUCCCCACCCAUGAAGAGGGGUCACACCUCUUUUGGGAAUUUGCUACAGACAAUUAUGACAUUGGAUUUGGGGUGUACUUUGAAUGGACAGACUCUCCAAACACUGCUGUCAGCGUGCACGUCAGCGAGUCCAGUGAUGACGAGGAGGAGGAGGAAGAGAAUGUCACUAGUGAAGAGAAAGCCAAAAAGAACGCCACCAAGCCUGUGCUGGAUGAGAUCGUGCCUGUGUACCGGCGGGACUGUCACGAGGAGGUGUAUGCCGGCAGCCACCAGUACCCAGGGAGAGGGGUCUACCUCCUCAAGUUUGACAACUCCUACUCCUUGUGGCGGUCCAAGUCCGUCUACUACAGAGUCUAUUACACUAGAUAGAGGCGCCGCAGAGUCUGGCAUCUAGGGUUGGGCAGAAGACGGCAUUUAGUUCGGAGUUUCUUUUGACUUUUAUGGAGCAUUGCAGUCAGUGUUUCCCCAUUUGAGUUUGGUCUGAUGGUUUGUGAACUCUCAUUGGGACUCAGGGUGUCCUUGAGACUCUUUAGCAUUAAUCCUCUGGGCUUAGAGGGGGUCCUCGGGCCCAUCCGGCCCUCGGGUGCUGACCGGCAGAGUCGCUAGUGGAUGCAGAAGUUACAUGAGCUACGUGUUAAAUCUUUAAGGUCUCCAAAAUAAAACUUCCCCACAUUGACCCCCCCUGGCUGGUGAGUCCAUGGCUGCCUACUUCAUGUGGUUACGGGAGCCCAUAGUCACGGUGACCUCCCACCAAAAAUCUUUACGUUCCCAGUCUGCCCGAAGUGCAGCUGACUUGGACGAAGGCCAUUGUUUUGAGAUGAAGGUCAUCGUUUUGAAAAUGUACGAACUCAAGACCUCACAGGUUAUGAUAGAAAAGUUGCCUCAGUUCAAUUUCAUUCUGAACGACCCAGAUUGUUUUUGCUUUGAGUGCAGCUAUCUAGUUUAGAGUCCCGUUACAGAGAAUUCUUUCCCCAGAUAAUCUUAAGAAGGUUCAAGGCUGAUUGGUAUUUGAACUCUCAAGACACCUAGAACACCUCAGUGGUCCAUGUAAUUAGCAAGCCUCUGCAAACUCGGGUUCCUUUUCUCUUCCCCCAGCUCCCUCUACCAGUGCUAUGGCAAACCUUUCACUUUUGUCUCAUUUUGGCUUUAUAGAGCGUCUCAAAUUGAACCUGUUUUCUACACAAGCAUACAGUUAGGGGGUUUUGUCAACUCAAAUUGGCACCUGCUGAAUCAAAAUGUAUAAAAUCGCUUCAGUAUAAUUGAGCGUGUGGGGAAUCAUGGUGCACUAAUUGGAAAUCACUGCCAGAGACAGUCUGUUUUCCUUUCAUGAGUUCGUGCGUAGGCACAAACCCUAUGCACUUCCGGUUUGGACUUGCCCAGUGGAGAGAAUUGGAACAGCAGAUGCCGAUGCUGAGAUUGUGUCACAGCUUUGAUCUGCAUCACGUCUUUACAGAUGGGGAGAGGCACAUCGUUGUUUUACUUUCUGAGAACAGGUACAGCCUCAAAUUUGUAUGAGCGACUGGCUAGCUUAGCGGUUCUUGUUUCCAGAAGGGAGAGUGGUAUCAACAGGACGUGACACAGCCAGCCACACACCCGAACACGUUACUGGAUGUUGUUACUGAAAUACUUAGAGUUUUAAAACUUCAAAUGCUAAAUCACUUCUUCUCGGAGGGUCUCUGUCAAUUCAGCUGCGUCCUGUACAGGUCACCGCGCUGAGGGGGUGGCCAUUGUCUGUGCGCUUUUCCCGGUGUUUAAUACCUGGUGUUGUACAUUCCUAACUCUCUUCUCUUUUGGUUAUUCAGAAACUGGAUUAUUUUCUCCUGAGCAGUGCUUCCUUUGUGUUCUUUAACUUGGAUUCACUAGUCCCAGCUCAGAGGCGUCUACACUGUUCUGUCGAGAACACAUUUAGGCUGUGCAUCCGCACUUGUGUAUAUGUGGUAGGGACCGUGGGGUUAGGCCCUUGGAUUUUUUUUUUAAUGAGAAAAUACUGUAUUUAAAAUGUAAAAUAAACUUUUAAAAAGCAGUCACUAAUAUAUAUUUCUUCCAGCCUUUGAUUACAGAUUCGUUCUGGCACACGUUAAGGUGACUUACCUUCUAGAAAAGCAAAGACAUCGUUCUUGGGAGCCACGUGGGCCACCUCACGUGGUGGCUCCUGUGUCGUGCGCCUGCGUCCGAACAGUUUUGGUUUUAAACUUUUCUAUUGCCUUCGGCUGUUGAUUAGUACAGUACAUGUGCGAUUUCAAAAAGAUCCUGAAAAGAAUAUAUUUAAUCAAUUAAAAUGUUUCUUUGUAAUCUGUU